CAGUUAAGGGAACAGCUGUUUGCCGCAUUAUCCAUCCCGCUCACACUCGCGUCGCUGAACGAAGGAAUAAACAAACCGAUUUUGAAUCGGAAUUACCAGAUAAAUAACACCCCGGAAACCACACAACCCCCAUCAAAAUGUCCGGCAAGGACGAUCGAUCCAAGGAAAAGCGCAGGAACAUGAAGCAGUACAAUCAUCACCAUAAAAAGGAUCAAGGGCGCUCCACCACAUCGUCGGGAUCGCCACCACCCACCUCCCGUCGCAGCAUGGUUGAUGUGGCGGACUCGAGCGAUGAGCCAAGGUUGGCCAGGCGUGGCAAUUGGCAGUCCAGUGGAGCAGGCCGCUCAUCGUUGGCACCGCAACGGAACAGGGACAUGCUGGACACCCUGCCCAGCGACACCGACGAUGUGGAGCAAUUGGGCCUGGAUGGUGCACCCAUCGAUGAGAAUGCCCGUGCCCAGUUACGAGCUGGCGAUUUCCAGCAGCUGGCCCAGUUUCCCAGCCUCGGUGGCGGCCACUUCACCUUUGGGUCAGAGCGCGAAUGGGCCAACGUGGCCGAGGGCCAGACCAAGCUACACACCAAGGCUGCCAGUGCUUACUUCACCCUGAACCUCACCCGCCUAAAUGUGGGUCUGCAAACGAUUCCGUUAUACAAGCGUAUGGAUUAUCCGGCGUCUUUGUUCACCCGCGCUCAGAUUGCCGCCCAAGAGAAGGCCGCCGAACGGGCUGAGGCAGUUUACCAGCAGUGCAUUCUGAAGGACGCCAAUGGGGGCGCCAAGUCGCGAGCUCCCUCUGCUAAGUCCAAUAAGGACGUUGCCCCUGCAGCGGCGGAAAAACCAAUUGCUGCCUCAGCAGCUGAACCUGAUGAACUUGACGAGCUAUUGGCCAUGACCGAUACGCAACUGGAUAUAGGCUCUGGAACCAUUACGAUGCCAAUGCCUAUGGUGCAGCCGGCCACACCCUCAUCGGCAGCAAGCAAAAACGGUGUGGAGGAAUGGCUGGAUUCCGUUUUGGAUGAAUAGUUACAUAGUUCAGGAGGACUAUUACCAGAGCUUUUUACGCUUACACGAAAUAUUCAAAUCACUAAGUGCUUGCAUUUUUAGAAGUAGCAUCAUUAAAAUUGCAAAAUCUAGAGUUUUCCUCGUAACUUUAUAGUUAAAGCUAGAGCCUUUUUAUUGUGUAUAAUAAAAUCGUUGAUUGCAUAUAU